AUGAUUUGCUGUGCUAUCUAUCUCGCGGCCAAUAUCGGUCUCGCCUUGCAGAAUAGUUACGUCGCCUUAAUUAUUCUGCGGUGCCUCCAGAGUUGUGGAAGCAGUGCAACUAUUGCCCUCGGUAGUGCGACAUCCGCCGAUAUGGUGACCCGAGCUGAGCGCGGGAAAUAUCUUGGCUACGCUUCUAUGGGAGUCACCCUUGGCCCUGCCCUUGGACCUGUGAUAGGUGGCCUUCUUGAUCACUAUCUUGGCUGGAGGUCUAUUUUUUGGUUCCUCACGAUCUUUUCCGCUGCACUAUUUCUCGUCAUCUUUAUCUUUCUCCCAGAGACUUGCCGAAACGUUGUUGGUAAUGGAGGUAUUAGUCCACCGUGGUGGAACAUGUCACUUAUUGGAUAUCUCAAGCAGCGAAAGCAGGGACUUGUCGAACCCGUUGUUGAACAACGAAGUCGCAAACGACCGAACCCAUUCGCUUCCCUAAAGAUCCUCUUCGAAAAAGAAACCGGCCUUAUCCUCGGCUUCAGUGCCCUCAUGUAUGGCGGCUACUACAUGGUACUGUCAACGCUCUCAGCUCAGUUGACUUCACGAUUCAAUUACUCUUCUGUCGUGGUCGGACUGUGCUAUCUCCCCAUGGGAGUUGGAAGCAUAUGCUAUCGAUACACAGCUGGCCUCGUAAUGGACUGGAACUUCCGACGACAUGCCAAGAGACAAGGUAUAAAAAUUGUCAAAAACCAACAGCAAGACCUCAAACUGCUCCCUAUUGAGAGAAUGAGGAUCGAGAUAUCCCUGCCAUUUGUAUACAUGGCCUGCGCGAUGAUUAUCAUUUAUGGUUGGGUUAUGGAUCAGAAACUGGCGCUUGCAGGAAUCGAGAUUCCCUUGUUCUUCCUUGCGUUGUCUAUUUCUGGUGCGAUGAACAACUUGAACACACUUAUUGUCGAUCUCAACACACGUUCUGCAGCGACAGCCGUGGCAGCGAAUAACCUCGCCAGGUGCUUGGUCGGAGCAGGGGCUGUGGCAGUUGCUGAUCCCAUGAUAAAUGACUGGGGCUUGGGGUGGACUUCCGUUUUUGUCUCAGGAGUGUGGGUAAUCUUCAGCGUUCUUCUUUGGGUAGUUAUGUGGAAAGGGCAGAAUUGGAGGAUGGAAAAGCAGGAGAAACGGGAUAAUGAUGGCUGCUGA